AGCCCGUCAGGCAACCAGCCAUAGCCGUUUCCAGUUUUCAAAGAUGGCGGAAGAGAAAAGCGAUGCAAUGUGCGACGAACGACUUCUUGAUGCCAUUUCAUCUGACAACGCGUCUUCUCCAGUUUCUUGCUCUGCGAGUGCGAAAUCUAAGACCGUAACGGAAAAGGUCAAAGUGAAGAAGAAGAAAAAAGUUCCGGGCGUCGUCUACUUGAGCUACAUCCCACCCAAGAUGAACGUCAAGACGGUGCGGAGCAUGCUGUCAAAGUACGGCGAACUGGGGCGCAUAUUCCUGCAACCAGAGAAAGAGCACGGCAAGCCACGAAACUUCGUCGAGGGCUGGGUCGAAUUUAUGGACAAGAAAAUGGCCAAACGCGUCGCCGCCACGUUGAACGGCGUCCAGGUAGGUGGGAAACGCCGUGCCGAAUAUUACCACAGUCUGUGGAGCAUCAAGUACCUGCAUCGGUUCCGGUGGACGCACCUAAACGAGCGGCUGGCGUACGAGAAAGCUGUGAGAGACCAGCGGCUGCGCACCGAGAUAGCGCAAGCCAAGCGAGAGUCCAACUUCUACAUAUCGGCCGUUCAGAAGAGCAAGCGCCUGCGACGUGAAGCCAAGGAAGGUGUGGAGGACGAUGACAGCUUGCGACGGUCCAUCGACGUCAGGCAGCGCGCUACCGACGAAGAGAUCGUCGCGAAGAGGGCGAAAAAGAAGGCUGAUGAUUCUUCGAAGCCCUCCGCCGACCUGAGCCUGCUGAAAAACAUUUUUGUGGGUGGUGCCGGCUUGGACGAUUCAGGAGACGAGCUUGAUACGUGACUCUGUUAUUUAACGAAUAAACAAGCUACGCGUGUUAA